UCUGUGUCAAAUUUGGUAUGGAGAGAGGACUUUGGGAAGAGCUCUGCAAAGGGCAGGGCUCAGCUAUUGUUAGGGUGGUAAACUUUGAACAGAAAUAUAGGUUAGACCUGGAGAGCUGGACCUGGUGUGUGAGCAAUAUUGCAAGCUCAGAGCUUUAGCUCCUGUUUCCCUCUUGUGAAAUGCACUUUGUGUAAUGCUUUUCUACAACACCCCAGGGCAGGAGCUGCCAGCACGUGGAUGCAGAGACCUGCCUGCCAUCUGCCUGUCCCUGUGUCCCAGCACCCUGCAGCCCUCCUGUGGGUCAGCCAGAGCGGGAGAGCUGAGGCUGUGUCCUUCCUUCAGGUCCUGCCUGUUUCCAAAGCCAUCCCACUCCCAGCUCCUCCCAGACCAUCCAGCAGCUGAAGCCUCCCCUGAGGACCCUCAUCCCUGCAGCUGAUCUGCCAGAACUGCUCUUCCCACCUUCAGCCCCAUCACAGGCUCUCCUCUUGCCAGAGCACCGCUUCAGCUGGGGUUAACAGAGGGGCUCCUUUCGGCUCGGACGGCGCGGGCAGCCCAGGGCAGAGCUGCGGCGCCGCCCGUGCGGAGCGCUCCUCCCGAUGCUGGUGGCGAUGAGCGCCUGCAGCAGGAAGGCGCUGACCCUGCUCAGCAGCGUGUUCGCCGUCUGCGGCCUCGGCCUGCUGGGCAUCUCCGUCAGCACCGACUACUGGCUCUACCUGGAGGAGGGCAUCGUCCAGCCCCAGAACCAGACGGCCGAGAUCAAGCUCUCGCUGCACUCGGGGCUCUGGAGGGUCUGCUUUCUGGCAGGUGAGGAGCGUGGCCGGUGCUUCACCAUCGAAUACGUCAUGCCCAUGAACAUCCAGCUGACAUCUGAAUCCACAAUCAACGUCCUGAAGAUGAUCCGCUCUGCCACCCCCUUCCCUCUGGUCAGCCUCUUCUUCAUGUUCAUCGGCUUCAUCCUGAGCAACAUCGGCCACAUCCGGCCCCACAGGACCAUCCUCGCCUUCGUCUCGGGGAUAUUCUUCAUCCUGUCAGGUCUGUCGCUGGUGGUGGGGCUGGUCCUCUACAUAUCCAGCAUUAAUGAUGAGAUGCUCAACAGGACCAAGGACUCGGAGUCGUUCUUCAAUUACAAAUAUGGGUGGUCCUUUGCCUUCUCUGCCAUCUCGUUCCUUCUCACAGAGAGUGCCGGGGUGAUGUCCGUGUACCUGUUCAUGAAGCGCUACACGGCCGAGGACCUCUACAGACCCCACCCCGGCUUCUACCGGCCCCGCCUGAGCAACUGCUCCGACUACUCGGGGCAGUUCCUGCACCCCGAGGCGUGGGCGCGGGGCCGCAGCCCCUCGGACAUCUCCAGCGAGGCGUCCCUGCAGAUGAACAGUAACUACCCAGCCCUGCUCAAGUGCCCCGACUACGACCAGAUGUCCUCGUCCCCGUGCUGAGCCCCCCGCCCGCUCCCGUGGUCGUCCCGACUCCGUUUGUCGUUUUUUUAAGCCAUUCUUCCUGGCCAAUUCUCUAUUUAUAGGAGUGUAAAUAUAACCAGAGAGAUUGGUUAUAUAACCAAUAGUGUAACCUAGAGAAUUGGGAUGUUUCCCUUUCUUUGGUUCUUUUUUUUUUUGGGUUGUUUUAUUCCUUCCCGCAUAACUAAGAAUCUCUCCAAAGUCCUCCUCUCUCAGCUCAUCCUGCUGAGCAAACAGCAGUUCUGCCUGGGGGAUAAAUCCAGGGCUGGACUCAAGAACAGGAAAAAGAAAAUAGAGUAGAACUAAGGAAAAAAAUGGUGUAUUUUUUUGGUGUAGGUAGGUAGGCUGAUAAAGUUUGUGCAUUCGACUGUAUCAUUGAAUUUUAUAUUUACUGACCUGAGUGCCAGCAGGCAUAAAAGAUUUGUGUAACUUUCCAAGAAACAACCAGCAUUAGAAAAAAUAUACAUUUUGCCUUGACUGAAGACUUACUGAUUGGUAUCUCUCAGUGCUGGAUAUCACUUCCAGCCAGGCUGGAAUGGGAAAUAGCCAUCCUUCAAUGAGACCUCAGCAGGCUUGGACACCAGCAGGUUGUUGUUCCUCUAUGGCCACUUGCAAACUUAAAUAUCCCAUGUUAGACUGGAGGCACUCUGGGGUGCUGGGCUGGAGGGAUGGCUCCAGCACCCAAAUUUCCUCUGCAGUCCUACAGAC